AUGGGUGAUGACACUCUGGGUGAACUCCAGACUGUGAAAGAUCUGGGAGUGAUAUUUGCCCCUUCGCUCACAUUCAAGGAACAUGUCACGCAAGUGAUCAAGAAGUGCUCAAACAUGGGAGCGUGGAUAAUGAGAAGCUUCAUUGUGAACCAGCCCAAUGUAUAUCUGAGAAUGUACAACUCACAUAUCCUGCCCAAUCUGCUAUACUGUUGUGUUAUCUGGAAUCCGAGGAAUGCCGGCGACCUAGAUGCCCUCGAGCGAAUGCAGAGGAAAUUUGUGCGUAGAGUUGAGCAUAGAUGCAACGUCAGAAAAGGAACUGUUAAGAUCCCGAGCGUAGCAGAGCUACUGAUGAAUGUAGAUAUCAAAUACCUCAGACGAGUUAUGAAACGGAAAGGAUUCGUGUUCUCAGCUAAACAGGUAGCAAAGACGACGACUGAGAAACACUUGUACCCGUGGAGGAUUACCACGAUGAUUAACAACCCGUUUAGUGAAUAA